AUGGCUCGUCUAGCUAAAAGAGUAGAAAAAGCAAUAACCUGGAGCUCCAAAGUUUUGAAACUUGUUGGCGAGCAGCUGGUCCAAAUGCCUGCAGAAAUCCACAGGCCCAUGAAACACAAAGACUGGGAAAACCUCUGGUCUGUCUCAGCCGUCAUUGUUGAGGAACCUGUAGACCAGCAUCUAUUCAUCCAGAGAAGAGAAAACCGAGAGAACGGGGAAGAAGAUGGAACAGACCAAAAAAAUCUUUCAAGCUUUACCAAAGCAGCUCCACCAAUAAAUGAGCAAAAACUCCAAGAGGCAGUAAAAUCACUGGCUGACAACAGUGUCACUUGUCAACCCAAAAAUCAUAUUGUCUUCUUGAAGACGCACAAGACUGCAAGCAGCACCAUUCUGAAUAUCCUCUAUCGUUAUGGGGACAGUCAUAACCUGACCUUUGCCUUGCCGCUGAACAUGCACAGCCAGUUGUUUUACCCAGCAUUCUUUGCUACACAUUUUGUGGAGGGUGUCAGGACUCGCAGCGUGAAAGAGUUUCACAUUCUGUGCAAUCAUAUGAGAUUCAGCUCACCAGAGGUGAGGAAGCUGAUGCCUAAAGACACAUUCUAUUUUUCCAUUCUGCGGAAUCCCGUGGCGAUGAUGGAAUCUCUGUUUGUUUACUACAAAGCCAUUCCGGCAUUCCGUGGUUUCAAAAACCUGGAGGAGUUUCUGAUCCAGGAUGGGCGGAGCUACAAUGCCUCGCUGCCUAAUAACCACUAUGCACGUAACAUUUUGACCUUUGACUUCGGCCUGGAUAACACAGUGCCUGAGAAUGACAUAGAGAUGGAAAAGCACGCCUCCAAAAUCAUCACCGCCGUGGAGCGUGACUUUCCGCUGAUCCUCAUCUCAGAGUAUUUCGACGAAUCGCUAGUUCUUCUAAAACACGCCCUCUGCUGGUCACUGGAUGAUGUUUCGUCUUUCCGCCUCAACAGUCGCAGUGAACGCUCUCGCAGGCCUUUGAGUCCAGAGACGGCAGAGCGAGUCAAAAAGUGGAAUUCACUAGACUGGCGAUUGUACCAGCACUUUAAUGACACUUUCUGGAAACGCAUUGACUCUACCAUUGGACGGACUAAGCUCCAAAAGGAAGUAGGAUUUUUGAGGGAAAAAAGGAAGGAGCUUGAGAGAAUGUGUUUACAGGGAGGAGGAGCAGUAGAUCCUGCGCAGGUCCAGGAUUCAUCGCUCAAACCUUUUCAGUACGGCGCAGCAGUUAUUCAAGGUUAUAACCUCCGGGUGGGGUUAGAUAAUGACACCCGUCAGCUUUGUCAGAGGUUGAUUACACCUGAACUACAGUACACUUCGGCUCUGUACACCAAACAGUUCCCUCAGCUGGCGGCCGCACGAGCCGCUGUUGCUAAAAAGAUUGCUGCCUCCAGAAACAUUGCAGCACACAGAGCUGUUAAGCGCAACAUUGAGACAAACGUGCACACGGAAAUGGCAAACAGUACCUCACACAACAAUACAAAUACAGCAAAUGAACAUAGCUUACACGUAUUAGCUAAUUCCAUUGGUCAUAGUGUAAGACAAGACAAUUUUGAUGUACACAGUGUAACAAAACAGUAUAAAGAAAUGAAAAGGAACUUACAUAAACAUACCACACCAAAACACUUUAUAAACGCACAUGUACACAAGGAAACACAAGAAUCUGCUUUAUUGAGAUGAAUGAAUGGAUAAAUCAUAGUUCAGUGAUAAUACAAAAGAGCUGUCAGAAAGAGUACUUUAAAGAGAUCUGAGGAUAAAAAGAUGUAUUGUCUGUAAUGUUGCGAUGUAUGAAGCAUGGCUCACAAAGGCACUUUCAAACCAAGAAGCUUUCUGCUGUUGAACGUGACAGAUUCAAGUAAUCACCUUGAACAUGAGUCCUGAUCUCACAGAUUUCUUUUGAACUGAUGCACUGGCUCAUUUUAGUGAAUCCAAUGCUGAUUCAUGAAUCAAUGACUCUUAGAGACCGGUUUGAUUCCAGAACAGAUGGCUCUUGGUUCUUUUUUAAUGAAUUAAAUGCAUUUCUCCUAAAUAACUAUUAAGUUAAGAGCUGGUUCUUUUUAUUGAAUCAAAUGCCCAUAGCGUCAGCAAUCUGAUUCAUAAACCAAUGACUCUUAUGAACCGGAUCUAAGUGAAUCAAAAGUAGACAUGACCAAUGUAGUCUGAUUCCAAAACAGGUUCAUUGUUAUUUUUAGUGAAUCAAAUGCAUUUAACAACAUCAGUGUUGUGUAAAUAUCUAAAAAAAACUAUUAAGUUAAGAGCUGGUUGGUUUUAGUGAGGGGUGGCACAGUGGCUCUGUGGUUAGCACUGUUGCCUCACAGCAAGAAGGUCGCUGGUUGAAGUUCCGGCUGGGCCAGUUGGCAUUUCCAGUGUGGAGUUUGUAUGUUCUCCCCGUGUUGGCGUGGGUUUCCUCUGGGUGCUCCCGUUUCCCCCACAGUCCAAAGACAUGUGCUAUAGGUGAAUUGAAUAAACUAAAUUGGCCAUAGUGUAUGGGUGUGAAUGCGAGAGUGUACUGGGUGUUUCCCAGUUAUGGGUUGCGGUUGGAAGGGCAACCACUGCAUAAAACAUAUGCUGGAAUAGUUGGUGGUUCAUUCAGCUGUCAUGAACCCUGAUAAAUAAGGGACUAAGCUGAAGGAAAAUGAAUAAAUGAAUGUUUUUAGUGAAUCAAAUACCCAUAGCGCCACCCAUGAUUCAUGAACCAAUGACUGAAAGCAAACAUGACCGAAUGCACUUUGAUUAUAGAACAUAUGGUUCUUGGUUCUUUUUAGUGAAUCAAAAUCACUGGACAACACCAGUGAAGUCUGAAUCACUUUAAAAUCUAUUAAGCUAAGAGCUGGUUCUUUUUAGUAUAUCAAAUGCCCAUAGCACCAUCAAUGUGAUUCAUGAAUCAAUAACUCCUAUUGACUGGUACUCAGUGAAUCAAAAGCAAACAUGACUAAUGAUUCCAGAACAUGUGAUUAAUGGUUCUUUUUAAUGAAUCAAAAGCAUUUACUUCAACUCUAUUGUUGUCUGAAUUUCAAAAAAAGAAAACUCUUAAGUUAAGAGCUUAACAAGAGUGAAUCAAAUGCCCUUAUUUUAACCAAUGUUAUUCAUGAAUCAAUGGGUCCUGUUGACUGGUUCUAAGUAAACAUGACCAAUGCCAUUCAAAACAAAAGAUUCUUCAUUCUUUAUAAUGAAUCAAAUGCCCCAGUGUUGUCUGAAUCUCUUAAAAAGCUCUUGAGUUAAAAGCUGGUUCCUAAUAGUGAAUCAAAUGAUAGAUCUACCAGUCUGAUUCACAAACCAAUGACUCUUUUGAGUUGAUUAUAUUUUAAUUAAAAGCAUAGAAAUGAUACUAUUCUGGUUCACAAACACGUGAUCUUGAUAUAUUUUAGUAAAUCUACAACAUUUAAUGACACAAUUGACACCAGUAUAGCCUAUAACACAUGACUCUCAUAAGCUGGAUCCUUUUAGUUAGUCAAAUGCACUAGCAUGACCAGCAUAGUCUGAUAACCAAAAUGAAUGAGCUGUUUCUUUCAAUAAACUGUUCAAAAUCAACAGCUAAAUUACUUAUUAAACUGCAAAUCAUUACUUUUAGAGAUGGCCAUGCAUAUUGAAAGAAAACAAACGCUUGUGUCAGUAUAAUUUCAACUGUGGAAUGAAAUUAAGUUUUCAUUAAAAUAUUUUCAUAACCAAAUUACAUCUAUUAAUGUGAUUCUGCUUUACCCUUUGGCAAAAAGCUAUCACAGGUUGCAAAUUUGUCCUGAAACAACAAUAAUAAUCAAGCUAAGAAGCUAGAAGACUAAGUAAACAAGUCUCGUUUGGCACUGUCUGUUCCAACAUGAAUCAGCUUUUGUUUCUCAACUGACUUUCCAUUUUACUCUAGAAGGGGUUUAUUGUGCCUGUUCAGCUGUUCUGUACCACACCGGCUAAAUAUGGCUUUGCUAUUUCUCCAAAAACAAAUGGUUUAGGUUACCAAUGAGUAGGCCCACACGGAAUCUGAGCGCGCAGAAUUCCACAGAUUUCCGCAGAUUUUUAGCCCAUCAUUGAUUCUGUUGUUUACUUGUGUAAGUGUGUGUAAAUUUAUAUUUAUUCAGUUUUUAAAUUAAAUUCACUAAUAUUAUUGACUAAAAUGAAGUAUUCAUAUGAUUAAUUUACAAAACAAAAAAGUUUGUAAAGUCAUAUUUUCUGUCUUUUAGUAGAUCUAUUA